AUGUUCUCGACACGCCUUUUCCGGCCUGCAGCUCAGCUGUCAAGCCAAGUCCGUCGAUACGCAUCGGAAGCUCCCAAGAGCGGUGGCAACAAUUUCCUCCUCUACGGCCUCGGCGGUGCAGCCCUUGCAGGAGGUGGAUACUAUGCCUUGGCUGGCAGCAAAGAUCCGGUGCAGCAGGCGAAGGAGCUGACGGAACCGGCAUUCAAGAACGUGCCUCCGUCGCAGGGCGGACCACCUGACAAGGUCUUCAUUGGUGGUGACCAGGGCUUCAUUAGCCUCGUUCUGGACAAGGUUGACGACAUCAACCACAACACCAAGCAAUUCCGAUUCAAGUAUGAGAACCCAGAUGCGGUCUCUGGUCUCCCGGUCGCAAGCGCCAUCAUUACGAAGUACAAGGGUCCUGAAGAUGAGAAGCCUACAAUCCGCCCAUACACACCAACGAGCGACGAGGAUGAGAGAGGCUUCUUGGAUCUGGUUGUCAAGAAAUACCCCAACGGCCCUAUGAGUGAGCACCUGCACGCAAUGAAGCCCGGUCAAAGCCUUGACAUCAAGGGACCAAUCCCCAAGUAUCCCUGGGAGGCCAACAAGCACGAUCAUAUCGCUCUGAUCGCUGGUGGAACCGGCAUCACCCCGAUGUACCAGCUGUGCCGACAGAUCUUCAAGAACCCUGCAGAUAAGACGAAGGUCACACUGGUGUUUGGCAACGUCACUGAAGAGGACAUUCUCCUCAAGAAAGAGUUCGAAGAGCUCGAGAACAACUUCCCACAACGAUUCCGCGCCUUCUACGUACUCGACAAGCCACCGUCAGGCUGGAAGCAAGGCAGUGGCUUCAUCACCAAGGACUUGCUCAAGACUGUAAUCCCCGGACCCAACGACGAGAAUGUGAAGGUCUUCGUGUGUGGACCUCCUGGACUUUGCAAGGCCAUCUCAGGAGCAAAGAAGAGCCCAGCAGACCAGGGUGAGCUCAGCGGUUACCUGAAAGAGUUGGGAUACAGCAAAGACCAAGUCUUCAAGUUCUAA